AUGGCAGUUUUUACAGGUCUCUUGGCUUUCCAUGCUUUAUUCGCCAGUGUCUCGGGCAGCACUGGCCUUCCUGCGUCUGACUGCAACACGGUCGACGGCGGGUACCAGUGCUUUCCGGAGGUCUCGCACAGCUGGGGCCAGUACUCGCCCUUUUUCUCGCUCGAGAAGGAGGAGACGAGCGACUCACCGGACGGGGAUAUCCCGGAUGGUUGUCGGGUGACCUUUGCGCAGGUGCUCUCGCGUCACGGCGCGCGGUAUCCGACGGAGUCGAAGAGUACCAAGUACGCUGCGCUGGUGAAGGAUGUGCAGCGCAAUGCGUCGUCGUUGACGGGCAAGUAUGCCUUUUUGAAGACUUACAACUACUCGCUGGGCGCGGAUGACCUGACGUCGUUUGGGGAGGCCCAGAUGGUGGCUUCCGGUGCGAAGUUCUACAACCGGUAUGCGGCGCUCGCAAGGCGACUCGUGCCGUUUGUGAGGGCGUCGGGGUCGGAUCGGGUCAUUGUGUCGGGGGAGAAGUUCAACGCUGGGUUCCAGGAAGCAAAGAAGCGAGAUUCGCACGCGGACCCGGGACAGAAGCCGCCUGUCAUUAACUUGGUGAUCCCCGAGGGCGAGACGUUCAACAAUACGCUUGACCACGCGAUAUGCAAGAAGUUUGAGGACAGCGAGUACGGCGACGAGGUGGAGGCUAAAUUCACGGCGCUGUUCACGCCCGAUAUCCGGGACCGGCUGGAGGAGGACCUCCCGGGGGUGCGACUCUCGGACGAGGACGUGGUCGGUUUGAUGGAUAUGUGCUCGUUCGACACGGUGGCGGGCGACGGGUCGCGGCUGUCGCCGUUCUGCGGCCUGUUCACGGCCCACGAGUGGGAGCAGUACGACUACAUGCAGUCGCUGUCGAAGUACUAUGGCCACGGCGCGGGACACCCGCUGGGCUCAGCCCAGGGCAUCGGGUUCGCCAACGAGCUCAUCGCGCGGCUGACCCGAUCCCCCGUGCGCGACCACACGAGCUCCAACCAGACGCUCAAUGCCGACCCGGCGACCUUCCCGUUGAACUCGACGCUGUACGCGGACUUCUCGCACGACAACAGCAUGAUAUCCAUCUACUUCGCCCUCGGCCUGUACAACGGUACUGAGCCACUCUCGAAGACUAAAUCUCAGACGGCUGCCGAGUCGGGCGGAUACUCUGCAGCGUGGACGGUGCCUUUCGCCGCUCGGGCUUACGUCGAGAUGAUGCAGUGUCAGGGGGAGAAAGAGCCGCUGGUUCGGGUGCUGAUGAACGACCGCGUGGUGCCGUUGCAUGGCUGCCAGACGGACGAUUUGGGACGCUGCACUCGUGAUGAUUUCGUUCGGGGACUGAGCUUUGCCAGAGAGGGAGGAAACUGGGAUCAGUGUUGGGUUUAG